AUGCCCUCUCACUAUUUACUAUCAAAAUGUGCGCGGGCUACGAACACAAACGCUCUUUUUCUCGCUCUCUCAUCGUCGGACUAUGACGUCAUAGCCUUCACUGAAACAUGGCUCCGCAGUGACGUAUCGUCCUCCGAGCUGUUUUCAGAAUACAAUUUUUACAGAUGCGUUCGAAACAGCUCAACUAGUAACUCAUCUCGCGGAGGUGGCGUUCUAAUUGCAGUUAAGAAAAAAUUUAAAAGCAGCCUCGUUUCCCUCCCUGGCGAUAACCGAUUGGAACAAGUCGCAGUUUGCCUAGAACUACCGAAGCAGUCUAUUUAUAUUUGCUGCGUUUAUAUCAAGCCGGGCUCUGACCCAUCUAUCUACGGUGAACAUUGCGCUUGUGUUAGAAGGCUGACCGACAUCUCCAAAAUCGCUGACUCUGUAAUCUUGCUUGGUGACUUCAACUUGCCGAGUCUUACUUGGAAUUUUGACUCUGAUAUAAAAAGCUAUCUACCGACAAACGUAUCUUCAGAACAGGAAGCUAUUCUAACAGAAUCACUGCUAGAAAACGGACUUAUGCAGAUUUUCAAUUUACCCAACCAAAAUGGCAGACUGCUUGACUUAGCUUUUGUAAACAACGUGAAUUGCUGUGAAAUCUGUGAGCCGCCAUCACCUAUUCUGAGAAUUGACGUACACCAUGUUCCAUUUAUUUUAAUACUCGACGUUCGGAAUACCGAUAGUGAAAAGUCUCUUGACGUGUGGCAAUACGAUUUCUCUCGCUGCGACUACAAUGUUAUCAAUGAUGCCAUAGCAAAUAUUAACUGGCACAAUCUUCUCGAGCAUUGCCCUACUGACGAAGCAGUCCUUCGCUUCUAUAAUUCAAUUAAUCUUCUGAUCAACGAGCACGUACCUGUUAAAAAACUUCGGAAAAUGCCCAACAAUCAUCAACCGUGGUGGAACCCGGAAUUAAACCAUUCUCGCAAUCGACUAAGGAAAGCACGCAAACGGGUUUUCAAGCACAGAUCAGACCAAAACAAACAAUCUCUUCAUCAUCUCGAACAACAAUAUGAGGCAAAUCGGAAUGCUUGUUUCAGGGAGUAUAUAAAUAGGAUUGAAUCAAAAGUAAAACAAGACCCUUUUUCGUUCUGGCAUUUCGCCCAAAGUCGCAAGCAUUCAAAAGGAAUUCCAUCAAACCUUUUAUAUCGUGAUAGAAAAUCAUCCAAAGCAGAAGAUUCUGUAAACUUAUUUGCUGAUUUCUUCAAAACUGUGUACUGCAACGACCCUCCGACAACGCAACGUGAAGCGAUCAACUACGUACGGAUGCUGAACCUGUUUUUACCUUCUUCUAUAACAUUAUCGAACGGUGAAGUUGCGAGUGCUCUUGCCGCGGUAGAUUCCUCUAAAGGACCUGGUCCCGAUGGAUUGCCUCCAUUAUUUCUGAAGCAAUCUGCUACAGCUCUGGCGAAGCCGCUUACAAUGAUUUUCAACAGCUCUCUCACCAGUGGAGUUUUCCCUAGUAUAUGGAAACUGCGUCAAUUACACCAAUUCAUAAGUCUGGUAGCAGGAAUAACAUUGAAAACUACAGGGGAAUCGCGAUUCUGA